UUCGUAAUUUAGAAUUCACUGCUUCGCGUUAGUCUAGAAGAAAGACAACACAGAAGUCUUCAACAAUCAAGUAAUUAACGCUUUUCUACAAUUUAUGAGCAUUUUUUUGAACUUGCGUUUGAGAAGAAUACGUCCAUAAGCUAAGAAUAAAAUAACGUGUGUCUGCUGAUACAACUCUGUUUAAGGAACUAAAUCGACGACAUUUGAACUUUGUAAAUUUGAACGUCACGAUCAACAUUUCAACAAAUUAUGUCGAAUGUGGAAAACAGUGAGUUGGAUGAUCUACGUUUGCUUGAAGGACUAUCCUUACAAGAUAUCGAAGAGCUUUCCAAUGCCAUUGACCCAGAGAAUGAAUUGCUACCAGCCGGUGAAAGGCAAGAGAACCAGACUGAGAAAGAACCCACCGGUCCGUUCAGUCGAGAACAUCUUCUGAAACACAUGGAAAAGGAGGCGUUAGAAUCUAAAGUUGGCGAGAAUUACUUGCCAUUCAAGAAGGAAACUCGUGGUAAAGUUUGGAAAGCAAAACCAAAACAGAAACCUCAGGCUACAAUAUUGCCAGAUGACCUAAGUGAUGCACUAGAUGGGGCUUCCGUUGAUGAAAUUGCAGAACUCGCUGCUGUUCUGGGGCUUCAUGGGCUGCUGACCCAGGAACAAAGUUCUAUUGGAGAUGCAAGUCUGGUUGGGAAAUCUUUGCGUGGCAGUGGCUUGCGCAAAGCAAAACCAAAGUAUGUUAGUGCUAGCAAACAGAAGAAAGAUCCAAGUUUGAAAGCGGUAAACGAGCUAGAUCUGGCUAACGCAUUGCAAAAACUGGAAUCAAAUGAUCCAAGUCUUACUAAUCUCAAUGUAAAUAAUCACAAAGAUAUUGAUGAGCUUGAUGCGAUCAACAGGAUUAUAGAAUGCAUCCCCGGCAAUACAAACUUAAAUGUUCUGUCCAUGGCGAACACAAAAAUGUGUGAUAGACAUGUCAAGCAAAUCGCCAAAGCUUUGCAUGGAAAUACAACAAUUACAUCUCUCAAUGUUGAAUCAAACAAUCUCACUGGCGAAGGAAUCAAGUGCCUUAUUCAGGCGUUGAGAGUGAACACUACUUUAAAAGAAUUACGUAUUGCCAAUCAGGCUCAAAUGAUUGGUAGUCAAGCGGAGGAUGAGAUAGCUAAUGUUUUGAAAGUGAAUAAGACUUUGUUGAAGUUAGGAUGUUCAUUUGACUCACGUGGACCACAAGUGCUGGUUGAUAAAUACUUACUAAGAAACAAUGAUAUAGCCCGCAAAGAGCGCAAACGUCUAGAAGAAGAGUGAUUUUGGUCCAUGAUCAUGAGCACAUGUGCUGUAGGUUAAAUCUAGGCUGUAAAGUUUGAAGCUUUUCGUUAACAAUUACAUAUUGACCAGUGCAAUAAAUACGUAUUUAAUUCAUCAAGAAAAUCAAGAUAGUUAAUGCAAUUUGUUGGAAUAGGUAGUUUAGAAUAAUUUGUUGACCUGUACUUUAGUUGAUUUGAGAAGUUUUAGGGUUCAUAUAAAAUACUUGAUAGUAAAUAAUGAGAUUCAAAUUUGAACCCUGGUAGACUUUUUAACAUCUAGUUGAUCAUUUUAAAUAAUACAUUCAUAUUAAAUCAUUAAGCUUCCAUGUA